GGCCGAGAGAACGCGCUCCAAGAGAUACCUGAACCCUCUCGACAGAGGAACCCAUUACCACUGGAUCGUUGUUGAUUGAUUAUUUGUACAGUUCUCUUCUCAUAAGCCAAACAGAAAAUGGGCCACGGACCGUCAUUACAGGAAAAGCAACUUGCUCAGCUUGAAGUGUUUUCAGAAGGACUGUUUGCUUCAAAAAAUUGGCACGGUAUUGGAAUUGACAGCUCCCUGCUAAGUUACUCUGGACUCAACUCAACCGAUGUGCUGGACAGUUACCGUGAACAAGUCUUUAACGAUGAAGAACCCCUCGAUGUUCCAAGUAUUGUAGAGAAGCUGGGUGGUGCACUCGCUGGGUUCACAACCGUGCCCAACGCUGUGGGACUCGGUGCUCUCAUCAUUUCCAUGAUCUUAGAGUCAAUAGGGGAAAAAACCAUGGGCACGGCUGAAAUGUUGCAGAGGGUGUUUGCAGACGAGAAGGCCAACGAGGUCCGAGACCUGAUGGACGAGUAUUUGAAGCGUCUGCAGAUCAACUUGGGGAAGCCACAGCUCCAACUAGCUGAGACCCGGCAAAUAGAGCUCGAUCUCAGUGUGCAGCUAACGCGGCUAAAGAACUCCAUGCUGGUCGAUGGACAUAUGAACUCUAUGCUUCUGAAGCAGUGGGUGAACGGCGCUGCGUUUCACACCCAGAUGUUGAUCCAUCAGGCUCGUCUGGAGGAGGCCGACGGGUCGAGAGCGGUGCGAGCAGCGGGCGUUUAUCAGCAACAGCUCAACGUUAUUAUGGACAGAUACAAGAAGUACCUAAAUGGUAUUACAAGUAUACGCAACAGAUAUGUCCCACAUGUACCAAACAGAUGUUAUCUGUAUUUCUACGAGGGGCCGUUGCCUCGUCAUGAAGCUGCAGGGUGCUAUAUGGACUAUGACUUGUGUGUCACCGAAACUGAACUGGUUGAGCAUUUGUUUUCGAAACAGCAGAUUUCUUGGACAACGAGUUAUUUCACAGAUUUAGCAGCAGAUAUUCCGACUCUUGUGAGACAACAUGCCGCCUUUCAAAUCCAAAACCAACAUUGAAGCUCUUUGUUUGUGAAGCCAUGAGACCAACAUCAAACCAAACUUUACUCUUAAACUCAAAAAGGCAAAUAUUUUAAACUGGACACACAACGGAUGUCCAGACUAAGAGAGAACAACUAUUGCUAUGACAUUUGGUUUAUCCAUCCAUGGUGACCAUAGGAUGAAUCCUGAUGACAUUAUCAAGUCCACAUUUAUAAUUUGCCCAAUAAUUUGGUUUAUGUUAAAAAAACUGUAAAACUAAACAUUCCCAUAAUCCUCAGCUGUGCUUUGUGUUUCUGUAAAUGAAAGCAAUCUGACGCAAUUUAGAAAAACGGUACACAGUGACCGUUAAACCUGUUAGCAUAUGUUAGCUUAGUCAUUGUUAGAAAGUUAGCAUGUUGAAUUUAGCAUUUAGCCGAGGGCACAAUACUCAGGCCCUGCAAUAAAGAACUCUUACUGUAUGCCUUAUGAAGGCACAAUAACAAGGAGAGAGACAUGCUAUGCAGAGAGUUGGUCAAUGUCUGUGUAUGUGUUUCGUGUAUCUGCAUUUGCAUGUGAGGUUGGUAAGGGUUAGAUGCAGUGGAUUUUCGAUUUGCAUAUUUUUACAACCAAUGUCUUAUUAUUGAAUUGUUUUAAAGUUCAUACAACAAACGUCCUAAUUCUGCUCUCAAAGUGCACCAGAUUGAUGCAUUUAAAGGGGACCUAUCGUGCAAAAUGCACUUUGUGAUGUCUUUUAUACAUACAUGUGUCCCCGGUGUGUCAGGGAACUCACGCAGCGUCAGAAAAUAAAACCCUCUCUCUUUUCCUCGUUACCCAAAUCUCUAAAAAAGGGCUGCAACGGAUCUGAUACAGACUGAUAGAGAUUUGAAAUUGCUCUGACGUCAGGAACAAAGAGCUCCGCCUAUCCGGGCAACUCUCCACCAUGGAUGUAUAAUAAGAACAUGUGUGGUUGUUUUGUUCUCUUUUGAGUUCUAAAACAAUAUAUCUUAGUUGUAAAAGUUAAAAUAAUGUUAUUUUGUUAUAAUUGGAUCCUCCUUCCCAUGUUUGUAUUUCCUCAGGAUGGCAACACUUGAAGUUCUGAUGUUUCAUUUGGUAAUUGGUGCUUAUUCUGUUC